AUGAGCCAUAAACCCCCAACCUACCUAACCCCUUCAUACCAACUAGAAUCAUUCGCCCCCUCACCAACCUUCGAAAUUAUCACAUUCCCCGGAAACGACAAAUCACCACCACCCUACUCCGGUCCCCCUCCAUCCCCAUUCCCACCCCUCCCCUACCGUCCCUAUAUCCCCACCAUCCCCGCUAUCCACGCCCGCCGCCGCAAAGCCCACAUCGCGCUCACCGUAUUCCUCUUCCUCACUGUCAUAACAAUCACCAGCAUUGCAGUUGGGCUGCUCACGAAGCACUCAUCCAAACCCACACCUACACCUGCCUCAACUGCACCCUCAAAUAUAGCGAUGAUCACCACCACAACCAGAACGGCGAUCUCAACGACGACAGCUCAUCACCUGCCGCCCUCCGGCGACCCCGACCCGGGGUCCAGAAUCGCGACUAGUAAAAGAGUUAGUGAGCUGCCGAGGAGUGUCUUCACGCCUGCACUUUCGGGCCGAGUAACGACGAUUACCGUGAUGGCGUCGGCGAAGGACGAAACGAAGGCACUGCCGCUGAGACAGACGAUGGCGCAGUCGCUAACGCCUGUAUUGCCGAUGACGAUGGUGUUGCCGGCGGCGGAGACGAGGGUUUUGCUGUAG